AAAAUCGACAUAAAAAAAAAAAGUUAAUUCGCACAGCGAAAUUCAUUUUUCGAUCUUUUAACGCCGGUGGCGGAACUCCACUCUGUUUAGCGGUUUCGACGUAUUCAGAUACCUGAAAAAUGUCUGGUCAAUCCCAGCGCUUAAAUGUGGUUCCAACUGUUACAAUGCUUGGAAUCAUGAAAGCUCGGCUUGUGGGUGCUACAAGAGGCCAUGCACUCCUUAAGAAGAAGAGUGAUGCCCUAACUGUAAAAUUUCGUCUGAUUCUUAAGCAAAUAGUCUCUACAAAAGAAUCAAUGGGAGAGAUUAUGAAAACCUCUUCAUUUUCCUUAACUGAGGCUAAGUACGUUGCUGGUGAGAACAUCAAACACGUUGUCCUUGAGAAUGUUCAAACUGCUAAUCUUAAAGUUCGUUCCCGACAAGAGAACGUUGCAGGAGUGAAGCUUCCCAAGUUUGAGUAUUUCACAGAAGGUGAGACCAAGAAUGAUCUGACUGGUUUGGCCAGAGGUGGGCAACAGGUCCAACAGUGUCGUGCUGCUUAUGUGAAAGCAAUUGAGGUUCUAGUUGAGCUUGCUUCUCUCCAGACAUCAUUCUUAACCCUUGAUGAGGCAAUCAAGACUACAAAUCGUAGGGUUAAUGCUUUGGAGAAUGUUGUGAAACCAAAGCUCGAGAAUACCAUAAGCUACAUCAAGGGAGAGUUGGAUGAGCUUGAAAGGGAGGAUUUCUUUAGGCUAAAGAAGAUACAAGGUUUUAAGAAGAGGGAGAUAGAGAGAAAGCUUGCAGAGGCCAAGCUGUUGGCUGAGGAUCAGUUUUCGCUGAAAAAAGGGGUCUCAAUGAAUUCAGCUCGCAAUUUGCUAUCUGCAGGCAGGGAGAAGGAUGAAGAUAUUAUUUUCUAAUCAAUGGGUUAGUCCAUGUGUUCUUUCCUAGGAUGUAUGGGUUUCUAUCUGGUGCCUAUUUGAUGGUUGGAUAUUCCUUUAACUAUUUAGUGUUUUUUUUGAAUAAAUGUUACGAGUAUGUCAUGAUUUAUCGUGUGGUAUUGUUAAUGAGCUGGUGGUAUUUAUGACUAUAGACUUGAAACUAUAGACUUGAAACAUUUCAAGGCUUUGAAGUAUAUUGCCUGAAUGAUCUUUUUGUUUUGUUUUGUGGAAGCUCAUGCAUAUUUGAUA